AGCGGCUGGGACCAGGCGGCGAAGGAGACGUGAGGGAGUUUGCUGGGAAGCUAUAGCUAUGGCGUCCAACGAUUAUAGCCAGUCAACAACACAGAGUUAUGGGGCCUACCCAACUCCACCCACACAAGGUUAUUCUCAACAAACCAGCCAACCAUAUGGACAGCAGAGUUAUGGUGGCUAUGGGCAAUCCGCAGAUACUUCUGGAUAUGGCCAAAGUAGUUACAGCUCAUCUUAUGGCCAGACACAGGGCUGUAAGUACACUAGUCUUGUUUUUGAACUUCAUAACUAUCUAGGAAAACAUGAGAGAUUAGUUCAGCUGGGAGAGAUGAGUGAUUCUGGCUUACCAGUUCCUUAUGGCACCAGCUCCCAAACUUCCAGUUAUGGGCAACCCCAAAGUGGUUAUGGCCAGCAGUCAAGCUAUGCCAGCCAGCAGCAAAGCUCCUAUGGGCAGCAACCUUCCUACAACCCACCUCAGAGCUACGGCCAGCAGAGUCAAUAUGGCAGCAGCAGCAGCAGCAGCAGUGGAGGAGGAGGUGGCGGUGGUUCUGGUGGCUAUGGCCAGGAACAAUCCUCCAUGAGUGGAAGUGGUAGUGGAGGAGGCUAUGGCAGCCAGGAUCAAGGUGGAUACGGGGGUCAACAGGACCGCAACCGUGGCAGAGGCAGCGGAGGAGGAGGUGGCGGCGGCGGAUAUGGUAGAGGUGGCUUUGAUCGGAGUGGUGGUAGAGGUGGCAACAGAGGUGGCCGUGGAGGUGGCAUGGGCGGUGGUGAGCGAGGUGGUGGCUUCAAUAAAUUUGGUGGACCACGGGACCAAGGCUCACGUCAUGAUUCUGCUAAUGAGCAGGAUAAUUCUGACAAUAACACCAUCUUUGUCCAAGGACUUGGUGAAAAUGUAACCAUUGAGUCUGUUUCAGAAUACUUUAAGCAGAUUGGCCUCAUCAAGAUGAACAAGAAAACUGGGCAGCCUAUGAUUAAUCUGUAUACAGACCGUGAGACAGGAAAACUGAAAGGAGAAGCCACCGUUUCUUUUGAUGACCCCCCUUCUGCAAAAGCUGCCAUUGAUUGGUUUGAUGGGAAAGAGUUCUCUGGCAACCCAAUUAAAGUUUCAUUUGCCACCCGGAGAGCAGACUUCAACCGAGGAGGAGGGAAUGGCCGUGGCGGAAGAGGCCGUGGCGGUAGAGGAGGACCAAUGGGCCGUGGUGGAUUUGGUGGUGGCGGCGGCGGCGGCGGCAGCAACAGUGGCUCCAGUGGAAGCAACCGGGGUGGUUUUCCUAGUGGCGGAGGCGGCCAGCAGCGUGCUGGAGACUGGAAGUGUCCCAAUCCGACAUGUGAGAACAUGAAUUUUUCAUGGCGCAAUGAAUGCAAUCAGUGCAAAGCACCCAAACCAGACGGGCCUGGGGGACCACAUAUGGGAGGUGGAUUUGGUGAAGAACGACGGGGACGGGGAGGCUUUGACAGAGGUGGUUUCCGUGGAGGUCGAGGGGGAGACCGAGGUGGAUUCCGCGGUGGAAGAGGUGGAGACAGAGGAAACUUUGGACCAGGGAAAAUGGACUCAAGAGGGGACCAUAGACAAGACCGCCGUGAGAGACCUUAUUGAGCCAAUAUAAGACCCCAGACCAUGUGAAUUUAUAAACUUUUUUAUUUUGUAUGUCUAACUUCAUUGAAAAUUGUGUACCCCAUGUUGAGUUUGUGUACAGACUUUGUAUGCCUGUCUUAUUUUUUUGUUGACUGUACUUGGAGUAAUUUCAGAUUACAAAAAAUAUAUUUUAAUUGUGUGCUUGUAAUUGCAAGGUGGGGGCGGACAUAGGGCUGAAUAAUAAAGAUGUUUUCAGUCAAUUCUCAAAA